AUGAAGCGACGAACUUCCAAUAGCUGGCAGUCCUUUCGCCACAGCACUUGUAGUGCGAAGCGCCGCAAAACGCAACUUGCCGACGUCGGCGCACCCCGCGUAUCCUCACCACCUCCAUCGAAUCCAUCAUCGCAGACGCUUGCGCUAGCCGAAGAAGCGCUCCGAUCAACGCAACAAUCAAAUCGCGAGGCACAUGAAUCGUUAGUCCAGCACUGGGUGGAAAACUGUGCGGCUGUCUGCGAUCUAGAGAUGAUGGCAGCACCUCCGACGCCUCGAAGCGCAUCCUUGAACGAUCGCGGGCGCCGCAGCGCGAAACAGCAUGCGCGCUCUCACGGAUCUCGAACGCCCAGUCCCAGCAAAAGACCAUCACCACAAACGUACCGUACACGGAAUAUGUACCACGCUGGCGUCUUCGUGGACAAUCUGGCUGAUCUUCCGCCCGCAAUCGAUGACGAGGUGCGAGGAAUACUGGGAAUCGAGUCGUGGGAGGACCGAGUAGCGGAUACAGUAGAUGAACCACAAGCUGCUGCAUGUCUCGCCGGGCUAGUAGCGACGUUCACGGCUGAAUCUCGAAGAAAUGCGCGCGAGUGCUUGCUUGAGGGCGAUUGGAAGGCCAGCCUGAACGGCCUUGUAAGGAGCCUAGCGGACCUUUCGCCGGGCACGCUGAGGACGCGCAUGUCUGAGAAGGUCUGGAAUUCUGAUCUCAAGCCGACUGGCUUAUCGCUUGACGAAUUGCAAAAUGAAGAUGAUAGCGGAACGCGCACGCCUCGCUCCGCAUCAGGACAAACCACCCUCCUCAACUUCAAUCCAAGCGCCGCUGCAGCUACCUUUACUGGGCCCAUACCGUCCCUGCCACCAUACACACAAUCAGUGGCGUCGACCACCAGCACUGAGGCUGCGGAUCCAUAUCACAUAUCCACGUCAAAACCAGAUAUAACAAUUGGGCUCGCACACACUGCGUUCAUACAGCGGCACCAGCGGCGGUUAGUUGAUCACCAGGCAUCUGGGUCAAUACUGAGCGAUCCGCAUGCGGCCGACAUGGGUAUACGGUUUCCCUUCUUAAUUGUAGAAGCGAAGGGUUUGGGCCUGAAUGGGAGUCUGAUUAGCGCGCAGAACCAAGCCGCCAUUAGUGGUGCUUCCAUGCUCACGAUUCUGAAGGAUCUCUGUCAUCAGGCGGCAUGUGGCGCGAGCUCGCAUUCUGACUUGGGAUUCCAGACGCUGGAUCCGAAGCUCACAUCGCCAUCCACGACGUCGUCGGCGCCGCAAUCGACUCCACCGCUCUGUUUCUCCAUCCUGAUAGAGGGCCCUGUACACGAGUUGUGGGUGCAUUUCGAGCAUGAAGGCGCAUUUCACAUGGAGUUUCUUCAGUCGUGGCGCACUACAUGCGAACGCGAUGCGAGAGAGUUCGUGCGUUUUCUAGCUCAGUUAAUGGAGUGGGGCAAAGGAAAAUUCAAGGACUGCAUUGUGGAGAAGUUGGACAAAGUUCCGAGGUGUGGAGCGUUUGGGUAA